CAGUUAGGUAGCAAAUAGAGGCAGAGAAGCCGAAGAGCCACCCAUAUUCUUCUGUUGCUCUUCCCUUCUCCGCCAACUCUCUGCAGCUGGAGAUUGGCAAAGUUUCAAUUGAAUACGCUCUCGCGUCAGAAUCAAUCUUUUCCCGCCAAAAAAAGACUGCAAAUUCUGCUAUCGCAAGUUCGCAACUCGAAAGUUCGCAUCUUUGAGUCCUCGAUUGCAUCUCUUCUCUUGGGCAAUCGUCUUUCUGCCCUCUCGUCCUACGGAUCAUGGGUUUCGGUUCGAGUUCCAAUCUCUUCACCAAUGCAGCAAGCAAAGGGGUUGAUCCUGAUCCUGAUGGUGAAGGGUUUGGUGGCAACGUGAAUGUGAAACCUUACUCGGUAGGGAAAGUCGGCGUGAUGAACAACUCUGCUGUUGAUGGAGAUGGUGUAGGGUUUGAGCCCUAUAUAGGGUUAGAAUUCGAUUCACCAGACGAUGCACGGGAGUUCUACAACAAGUAUGCUACGCAUGUCGGGUUUCGAACCAGAAUAGGGCAGCUAUAUCGCUCGAGAACAGAUGGCUCGGUUGCCUCUAGGAGGUAUGUGUGCCAGAGGGAAGGGUUUCAGCUGAAUUCAAGGAAUGGUUGUCCCGCAUUCAUAAGGGUGCAGAAGCAUGGUGAUUCAGGGAAAUGGGUGAUCGACCAAAUGGAGAAGAAUCACAACCAUGAAUUCCUAGGUGGUGGGGAUGAAUCCCGCUCUCCAAUCUUGCAAGGCAGGAUCUCGGUUUCAAUGAAGCCAUCAUCUGUGGUGUCCCCGAGGCCUAAGAAACCCAAAGUGAAAUUGCUGAAGGAGAUUGAUAGCGGAGGUAUCAAUGCGAAGCGCUUUAGAAGCGGGUCUUAUGAGGGUGAACCGUAUUCAGGGCUGGUGUUUAAUUCAGCUGAUGAAGCAUAUCACUUCUAUCAAGCCUAUGCUGAUAAGGCCGGGUUUAGAGUCCGGAUUGGCCAGCUGUUUCGGUCAAAGAACGAUGGAUCGAUUACCUCCCGUAGAUUCGUGUGCUCUAAGGAAGGGUUUCAGCAUCCGUCUAGACUCGGUUGUGGAGCAUUUAUGAGGAUCAAGAGACAAGAUUUUGGAACUUGGAUAGUGGACCGUCUUGAAAAGAAUCAUAAUCAUGAAACUGGGCUAGAACCUGUUACUCCAAAGAGAUCAAUGGAUGAGGUGGUUGAUGAGUUUGUUUCCCCAGCUCCUGCAACGACUCUACACUACGAGUCAUCAAAGGAGACAUUCACCUGGCUGUUCCACACAUGGCUUAAUGCCAUGUUUGGCCGGUCUCCCAGAUCUAUCAUUGCAGAUCAAGACCCUGCAAUCCAACAAGCAGUGGCCCAAGUCUUUCCCUCCACACGCCACCGCUUCUCCUUGUGGCAGCUCGAGGCAAGGGAGCAAGAAAAUUUAAGGUCGAUGUCUGAUGAGUUUAGAUACGGAUAUGAUGAGUGCAUUUCCCAGAGCCAAACACCUGCUGAAUUCACAACCAUGUGGACUGCUCUCGUCAACUGCCAUGGUUUGGGAGACAAUGUCUGGCUUCAGGAAAUGUAUGAAAAGCGGGAAUCUUGGGUUCCGUUGUACUUGCGUGCAUCAUUCUUCGCUGGCAUUAGCCUGACAUCUUCGUUCUCUCUUUCAACUUCAAUCACAGAAAGUGAAGUGGAUGAGUUCAUUUCAAGAUACGAGCAAGUUGUGAAACAUCAGAGAAAAGAGGAAAUGAAGGAGGACUUCAAGUGCAGCAAUCUGCAAGCUGUUCUUAAGACGAAAGAACCGGUGGAAGACCAGUGCAGGCAGCUAUACACUCUGGCAGUGUUCAAGAUAUUUCAGGAGGAGAUGUUGCAGUGCUACAAUUACUUUGCGAUCAAGACGUUCGAGGAGAGGACAGUGAGCAGAUUCUCACUGCAGAGAUGUGGGGACGAGAGCGAGAAACACACCAUUCGACUCGAUAGGUUGAACCUGGACAUUGACUGCAGCUGCAGGAUGUUUGAGUUCGAGGGGGUGCUGUGUCGCCAUGCCUUGCGAGUUUUUAACCUGCUGGGAAUUAGGGAGCUUCCCUCUCGGUAUAUAUUGCACCGUUGGACGAAGAAUGCCGAGUAUGGCACUCCUCGUGAUGUGGAGUCCUUAUCGGAGAAGGAAGAGCUCAAGGCAUUGAUGACUUGGAGUCUGAGAGAAGCAGCGAGUAGUUAUGUGGAAGCUAGCUCUGGGUCUCUUGAUCAGUACAGGGCUUCUUAUGAGGUUAUGCAUGAGGCAGAUAGUGCUGCUGAGUUUUUCAACAACGCCUAA